UUUUCCACAAUUUACCAUUCAUCGACAUUAACAUCAGAUGGUUUGUAUUCAACAGAACAUUAUUCUUUUUAUUGAAAAGACUGAACUUUGAACAAAAAAUCAAUGAUAUAAAGAAGAGUGAGUAGGAGAAAGAACAAGGAAAUAUCCUUGAAGUUUUGUUUUUGUUUUUCCUGCAAUAAAAGAGAAAAGUUAAAGAUGAAUUAGAUAAAAAAAAAACUAAAAUAAAAUUAAAAAAAUAAAACAAAAAUAUAAAAAAGCAAAAAGUUUUAAAAAAAAAAAUUUUAUCCUUGAAAAUAAAAACUUAAAAAAAAAAAUUAAAGGAUAAUAUGUUUUUCUUUUAUUCAUUUCUUCUAUUCAAUUUAUAUUUGCCAUAGAUAGCAUUUUAUAAAAUAAUAAUGAAAUGGUCUAAAUAUUCAAGGAUCAAAAAAUGGAGAAUUGUAUUGAAUUAGAAAUGUAUAAAAAAUGUCAGUUUAUUGAAAUUUAUAAAAAGAAAAUAAGAAAAUAAUAAAUUAAAAGUAAAACAAGGAUUCGGAAGAAAAAUAAUUUUAAAUUUUCUUAAUUUAAAGAGGGAAUUAUAAAAUUGCAGAUAAACGAGUGCAUAAAUAUUGAUUUUUGUUUUUUAAUAUUAAUUAAAAAGGAUCAUUGUAACAAGAACAAAGAGAUCCCGUGGUUUGUUUUUUUGUCGGUAACGUGGAAAUUUUCGCGAACUUGUUAAUAUUUUAAUUUAAAAAACAAAAUUACAAAAAAUAAAACGAAAAGAAAAAAUUAUUUCCCAACCUGGUUUUUAAUGAUUUCUAUUAAAUUUAUGGUGCUCAUCUAAUUUUUGUUCAAAUUUCAAUUCAAGUGAUGGUUUAUAACAUUAGAACCUAAAAAAUACAAGAAAAUUUAUUAAAUUUUUUUAGUUUCAACUAUAAAAUAUAAUUACAUUUAAAUGAUACAAUAAAUUUUAUUAUUGAAUUGAUUUCCAUAUAAAAUUUAAAUAAAUUGUAAACAAACUGAAAAUUUAAAAUAAAAAUUAAUUUUAUAUGAAAUGUGCCAUUUAUAUUGGGUAUUACUAUGACAAAAAAAAAAUUUUAAAAUAAAAUUAUUUUCAAAUUGAAUAUAUGAAAUUAAUAAUGUAAUUUAUUAAAUUAAUAGUAAACCAUAAAUUAAGUAUUCAAGAAAGCAUUAAAGAAAUUUCAAAAUUUGAAGAAGUGAAAAAAUACCAAGCAGCUUAAAGUCACAACUAAGUCAAUAAAAUUUAAAUAAACUAAAAUAAUACCAUAAAAUAUUGGAAAACAGAGUGCUUAUAUUACUAAUAAUAAAUUUAGAAUUAAUAAUCGAGUAUAACAUACCUAAUAUUUUACUAUUUCAUCGUAUUUAUUCACAAAAAAAAAAAAACACUGGAAAAAUUUAUUAAAUAACACCACUAUAUUUACCCUAUACUUUAAAGGUAAUAAAUUGGAGUAAUAAAUGGGACAUGAAACACAAUAAAAUAUAGAAAUAAAAAAGAGAAGAAAACACAAAAAAAAAAUAAAGGUGAAAAUGUCUGAAAUACCAUUCGAAUAUUAUUUAACAACAAGGAAUUCGAAUAUAAUUUCGAUGACCUCAACUAAUAAUAAUAAUGAUAGUUAUUUUAUUGAUAAAAUAAAAACAACAGCAGCGGUAACAAAAAUAACAACGAAUAUUACAAAUAUGAUUAAUAAUUCAAUAAAUACAAAUACAACUAUACUUGAUAAUAAAAUGAUUAACAAUAAUGAUAAUAAUAGCACUACUACUACAACUACAUAUAAUGUAAAUAAUAAUGAUAAUAAUUUAACAUCAAUUUAUACAAAUAAUAAUUUAAUAUUAAAUAUUAAUAAAAUAAAAUCAUUAUCAACAAAUACAAUAUUUAAUAAUACAACAACUACCACCACUAUCAAUAAUAUUGCAACUCAUAAUACACCUUUAUUAGAUAUAAGAAAACAAAUCAAUAAUAAUAAUAAUGAUAAUAGUUUGGAUAAUAAUAAUGAAAAAUUUUAUAUUAAUUCAUUGGAAACUAAAAAAUUUCUAAAAAAUAAUUAUUGUAAAUCAAGAUUAUCAAGAACGAUAAAUGAAUUUCGAUGGUGGUGGUAUCAUCUUCAUUACACGAAUUAUUUUAAUAGUAGUUGUAAUAAUAAUAAAAAUAAUAAUAAUAAUAAUAAAUAUAAAUCUGAUAGUUAUAAUAAUAAAAAUAAUAAAAGAAAUUUUAAUUUAAAAUCAUCAGGAGGAUAUAAACAAAUUUUUCUGAUAUUCAUAGUUUACUACUUAGUUAUGGCAUCAUCAAUAGUUAAAGGUAUGGUCACUUUAUUCAUUGGCGUUUUAUCAGUUUCUGGUGUUAAGUAUUUUAAACAAAUAAAAGACUAUAUUUUUUUUAUGUAAAAAUUAUUAAUUUUAUUAUUGAAAACAUAUUAAAAACAAAAUUUAAUGGAAUCUUUAAUAGGAGAUAUAAAAACUCCAAAAAGAAAAAAAAUAGGGAGUGAUAAGUAAUAAUAAGGGAUAGGCUAAAUUAAAAAUUCUAUAUUAAAAUAUAAUUGAUUUAAUUACUUAUAAACAAACUUGACGAUAUGAAAAUAUUUUCGAUUUCUCAUUUUAAUUCUACGUAUAUACCCUUUGUAUACCCCUGUACGUAUUUCUACCUAUUAAAGCAUUUGAGUCCGCCGCCGUCGCCUAGAAUCUCUAAAUACUGCUAUUUUUAAUGUUGAAUUAAUUGAGGAUUGAAAAUAUUUAGUGAGCUUACUGAAAUAAGAGAAAGUACAAAUAUAUAUUAUCUACGUAAUACUGGUAUUUCUGAAUUUCAGUGUUUUUAAAUUUCAGGAUUGUUAUCUCAAUACAAAUAAUAAAACAUAGAGCCAUUAAUUUCAUAUAAACAACUUUGGUAACAGGCGGUCUAAUAAAUCAACAAAUUUAAUUUUUCUUACAAUGGUUGUCAAUUAAAAUAAUUUGAUUAUAACUCAGAAAACAUUAAGCCAGCAAUAUUCUUAUUUAAUUUUGAACAAUUCAAACAAUAACUGACCCUAUUGUUCUGAUAAAGUUCCUUCAAUAUUUGUCAUGGAAUUUCUAAAAUAACUGAAGCCUAUAAUGCUACAAUUUUUGGUAAACGAGUUUGAUUAUAAGUUGGAGUUACAAUCGUAAUAAUCCACUUUUUUCACUUAUUAUAGUAUACAAUUAAUUUUACUGAUAGCAAGCGUAAAAUGACUGUUUU